GUCCCUUAUAUUUUGUCUUUAAUUGUCAUUUUUAAAGUCAACAGUGUUACGUCACUACGAAGACAGGGCGGCGGUUGGUUUUUGAACAGGCAGUUUUCAGGACACCUCCUCCAGAGAACGGCGAGGACCCGUUUUCGGACCGUGUUGUUUGCAUUAGCUGUGAGGCUAACAGUUUUACGGUGCUGCUCGGACAGAUCCCGCAGAGAUCUGCUAACAUGUCGGAGGUGAAGGUGAAGAAGGAGAAGAACGCCACGGAAUCGGCAGACGUCGAGAACAGGAUCAAAGAGCUGUGUCAGCAGUUUCCUCAAGGCAUCACAGACCAGGUGAUCCAAAAUGACCUGCCUCACCUGGAGCCUCAGCAGAGAGCCAUGGCCAUCAACAAGCUGCUGUCUCUGGGUCAGCUGGAUCUGCUGAGGAACAGCUCGGGGCUCCUGUAUCGGUUGAAGGACUCCCAGAGCACCAGUAAGAUGAAAGGCUCGGACAGCCAGGAGAAGCUGGUGUAUCAGAUCAUUGAGGAUGCAGGAAACAAAGGAAUCUGGAGCAGAGACAUUCGCUUCAAGAGUAACCUCCCUCUGACCGAGAUCAACAAGAUCCUGAAGAACCUGGAGAGCAAGAAGCUCAUCAAAGCUGUCAAGUCUGUGGCUGCAUCUAAGAAGAAGGUGUACAUGUUGUACAACCUGCAGCCGGACCGCUCGGUGACGGGGGGCGCUUGGUACAGCGACCAGGACUUUGAGUCCGAGUUUGUGGAAGUCCUGAACCAGCAGUGUUUCAAGUUCCUACAAAGCAAGGCCGAGGCGGCGAGGGACAGCAAACAGAGUCCGAUGGUUCAGAGGAACAGCUCUUUCGCUACUUCUCACGAAGUCUGGAAGUACAUCUGUGAGCUGGGAAUCAGCAAGGUGGACCUGUCUAUGGAUGACAUCGAGACCAUCCUGAACACUCUGAUCUAUGACGGGAAGGUGGAGAUGACAGUGAUCGCGGCGAAGGAGGGGACGGUGGGCAGCGUGGACGGACAAGUGAAGCUGUACAGGGGGGUCAACGCCAUCCUGCAGCCCACCGGCCUCGUCAAGACGCCCUGCGGACUCUGCCCGGUGUUUGCCGACUGCCACGAAGGAGGGGAGAUCUCGCCGUCCAGCUGCACCUACAUGACGGAGUGGCUGGACUUCUGAUGGACGCUCGUCUCGCUGCUUUUCUCUGUGAUGAAAAGUUUAUUUCAGCUUUGUUCUUUUUAUUUAUCAGAAACUUUAAUAAAAAGUGAAAUGUU